AUGCGAAUCGGGGUCUAUAAAAGUGUUGUUUACUUUUUACUGAUAAUUGAGAUUUGCAACUGCCUUAUAUGCGAGACAUGCAACGGACCAACUUGUUUCGACAAAGAGCUCUGGGUCCAGGAAAUAUGUGAGCCAGCAGCAAGAAGUUGUUACAAAUUAUCUUACAAAGGAAAAGCAUUUCGUCGAGGAUGCACAGAAUUUUCGUGCAAAGAUAUUCCAGGCAUCAGUCCGCAAUCGGAAUGUGAUACUUGCGGAUAUGAUAGUUGUAAUAAAGAAGAACGUCGGAUGCGAAUAGGAGGAGGGCGAAGUUGGAAGAAGUCGAGUUCGAGUAUUCAACUUCAAUUCAUAUUUGAAAUGGCAUCAGCUGUUGGUUGGCAAACAUCAGCAUCCGCUAUUGAAAUAGCAAUGGAUCGAAUUAAACAGGAACAUUUAAUAGAUAAUGUUUUUAUCAAUUUCAUAUAUGUUUUUGAUGAUUGCAUCGAAUCAAGAGCCGCUGGCCAGGCGGCCAAUCUUUUUAUGAAUGGGAAUGUGAGUGCUAUUAUCGGACCAACAUGUAACGCAGCUGGUUUGGCUGUUGCCAAUUUGGCGUCAUAUUACAAUACAGCAGUUUUGACGUGGGGAUUGACAAUUUCAUCAGAAUUCAUCAACAAUAGUCGAUUCCCAACGUCAAUAUCGCUAGUUCCCGUUGCUAAAUCAAUUGCCUUAGCUAUAAUCGAAGUUAUGAGACAGUUCGAUUGGGCCGAAUUCGUUUAUAUUUAUGUCGAAGAUGAAAAGUGUGGCUAUUUUCGCGAGGAUCUCGAACAAUUGACUUCUGAUUCGAAUCACACUUCGCUAUCGCGAACUGUUCAAAUUUUUGAUACAACAUAUUAUGGCUUCACAAGACAACUUGUAAGACUAAAAACUGUUUCGAGAAUUUUUACCGUUUGCCUUCCGGAAGAUAGCAUUAUAAAGCGACAAUUCAUGCUAUCGGCUUACGAUUUGGAAAUGACAUCCGACGAAUAUGUUUAUCUUUUUGCUGGUCCCAAAUCGACUGCUUACCAACAAACAUCGUCGACUGGAGACGUCGUCGGUAUUUGGGUUGAUUGGUCUGAAAAUCCAGAUGGGAGAGACGAGGAAGCGAAACUCGCGUUUAUGAGAACAAUGGUGAUUGUUGCCACCCCAAUUGAGGGUGAGAAUUAUGCGAAUUUCAAAAAAGAAGUUAUUGAAAGGAUGAAAUAUCCGCCAUUUAAUUGUAUCGAAGAAUGUAAUGCAACCAAAUACAGCGAGGCUGCUGAAUAUGCUGACCAAUUACAUGAUACGAUGUACAUGUAUGCUCUGAUUCUGAACAAAACGAUCGAACUCCAAGGAGUAGAUCAGAUUGCAAACGGUAGUAAUAUGGUUUACAAAACCAGCGGGAUUCAAUUCGACGGAAUGUCUGGACUGGUUCGAAUGAAUGAACAGGGCUAUCGCCUUCCGAAUAUGAUUCUUGCAAAUCUUGACUCAAACGCAGCUCAGAGAACUGUUGCAAAUAUGGAUAUUGAUGCGGUAGAAGUGAAUUUCACAUAUGUUCUACAAGAUGAGAGCCUAAUAUGGGAUGCGUAUGGCGGGGUAACACCUCUAACAAGACCAUUGUGCGGUUACAACGGCAAAAACUGUCCUGUAAACUUCUUUACCGAUUACUACUACAUUAUAAUAAUUGUUGCCAUUAUUCUAUUUCUGUGUAUUGUUGCCGCUAUAGUUGCUGCAUAUUUGGUGUACAAAGCUCGGCGUGACGAGCAAAUUAGACUUGAUGAACAAUGGCAGAUUCCUCACGUCAUGCUUCAACAAAUUGGAAAGAAGGAACGUGAGACGCAAUCAUCACGAUCGCUUCAGAGUAGCACAGGGACCACAAUAACGGGAGUUUCCCGGCCGGAAUUCAACACGGAAACUGAUCAAUACGCUCGGGGAAGUGUCAAAGAUGUAAUCAGUAGAACAUCAAUAACAAUGGAUGGCUUCUUCAUUUAUUGUCUUAUGAAAGAUAUUGCAAGUGGAAUUCAGUAUAUUCACCAUUCGUUUUUAAAAUAUCAUGGAAGACUUUCGUCGUCUUGUUGCUACAUCAAUGAUCGUUGGCAAGUGAGAAUUGGUGGAUACGGAUUGAAUUUCAUACAAUCACAUGAGAAGCCCACCGAAGAUGUGCGUUUGCAUAUGGCACCGGAGCAGCUUCGAGAGAAUGAGACAAUCGGUAGUCAAGAAGGGGAUAUUUAUAGCUUUGCGAUUAUUUGUUCUCAACAUAUUGGUCAUUGUUCACCAUGGGAUAUCGAGAAUAGAAAAGAAGAAGCUGAUGAAAUAAUUUUCAUGGUUCGAAAAGGGACUAGAAAUCCAUUACGACCAAGUCUUGACACUUCAGAAGACGACAUUAAUCCAUCACUUGUCCUCUUGAUACGAGAUUGCUGGGAAGAAGAUCCUAAGCAUAGGCCUUCAAUUGAUAAUGUUCUUAAGCAAAUGCGCUCCCUGAACUCUGGAAGAAGCUCUAAUCUCAUGGACCAUGUUUUUGCUGUUCUCGAACGGCAUGCUUCAAGCCUUGAGGAUGAGGUCGAAGAACGAAUGAAAGAACUCGUUGAAGAAAAAAAGAAAAGCGAUAUUUUAUUGUAUCGAAUGUUGCCACAACAGGUGGCCGAUCGUCACAAACUUGGCCAAUCCGUCGAGCCUGAAUCGUUCGAAAGCGUUACAAUCUUCUUCUCAGAUGUUGUCGGUUUCACGACCUUAGCCAGCAAGUGUUCUCCGCUUCAAGUUGUCAAUUUACUCAAUGACUUGUACACGACGUUCGAUGCAAUUAUUGAUCGAAAUGAUGCGUAUAAAGUAGAGACCAUUGGCGAUGGAUAUCUUUGUGUGUCAGGAUUACCGAAAAGAAAUGGACAAGAGCAUAUCAAUAAUAUCGCAAAAAUGUCAUUGGAACUGAUUGAAAAUAUCAAAUCGUUUCGAAUUGCUCAUCUACCUCAAGAACGCGUGAAUAUUCGAGUUGGAGUGCAUUCUGGAUCCUGCGUUGCUGGAGUUGUAGGACUUACGAUGCCACGCUAUUGCCUUUUCGGAGAUUCUGUGAAUACAGCGAGCCGAAUGGAAAGUAAUGGAAAGCCUGGACAUAUUCACUUAUCAUCUGAUGCUCAUUCUCUUUUAUCUAGUCUCUAUCAGGAAUACAUUUGCGAAAGUCGAGGAGAAGUCAUUAUAAAGGGCAAAGGAGUCAUGGAGACUUUCUGGUUGCUCGGACGAAAAUGA